AUGGAGGCUAUGAGAGAGGGCGAGAAGGGCCAAGAGGACAACGCGGAGGCGUGCGAGGUCUCGUUUCACGGGCAGCUGCCGAUGAGUUACUUACUGUGCGACUCGUCCAUCCUGAACUCCGCGGAGACUAGCGUGACGCAGAAAAACGUCAAGUCCAAUCAGCAGUUCCGUUGCGACGGAUGCGGCAGAGCUUACACGCGAAUGGACAGCCUAAAACGACAUCAGGCGAAGUGCGACGCUUCUCUGGAGAAGCUGCAAGAAGAAGUCGAGUGGCUUCACAGGCAGAAGUUUUACUGCAAUCAGUGCGGCAAGGGUUACAAGAGGUUGGACACCUUGAGGAGGCACCAAAGGCUCGUCUGCGUGGACAAAGAGACCGCUACCACCAGCUCGUAA